CACUUGGACCCAGACAUCUGACUUCAUAAUAACUACUGGCGCCUUCCCCACGCGUCGAUGAUCGUGAACUCCCUCUGACUUUUCUGCUUGCCUUUCGUCACUUGUUCCUCUUCCUCCACAUUCUCAGAUACCCCUUUCUUCCUCCAAAAUACUCCCGAAACACCUAAUAUUGCCAUAAAGAACAACAGUCACCAUGACGAGCAACGGACAACAGCAGAAUAAGCAGGAUGUGAUCAACACCGACAUCAUCACCCUCACACGAUUCCUCACAGAAGAGCAGUCGAAACACAAGGAGGCCACCGGUGACUUCACACUUCUUUGCCACGCCCUCCAAUUCGCAUUCAAGAGCAUUGCCUAUUAUAUUCGGAGAGCCUCGUUGGUCAAUCUUACUGGGUUGGCUGGUCAAUCAAAUGCCACUGGCGACGACCAGAAGAAGCUUGACGUAAUCGGCGAUGAGCUCUUCAUCUCCGCUAUGCGCUCCUGCGGUCGCGUGCGUGUUUUGGUCUCCGAGGAGCAGGAGGAGUUGAUCACCUUCGACGAAUUCCCCACUGCGCGUUACGCCGUAGCCUGCGAUCCGAUCGAUGGCUCUUCCAACCUCGACGCCGGAGUUUCAGUCGGUACCAUCUUUGCCGUAUACAAGCUGGCAGAGGAUGCUAAGGGCACAAAAGAGGACCUCCUGAAGCCUGGCACAGAAAUGGUUGCUUCCGGUUUCACCAUGUACGGUGCAUCGGCGCAGCUCGUCAUCACAAUGAAGGGCGGCAAUGUCAACGGCUUCACACUUGACACCGCAUUCGGCGAGUUCAUCCUCACACAUCCUGACAUGCAGAUCCCCAAGGCGCGCGCGAUCUACUCCGUCAACGAGGGUAACUCACUGUACUGGGAGGAGCCCGUUAAGGAGUACAUUAACAGCCUAAAAUACCCACAAGAGGGCGGCAAGCCAUACAGCGCGCGUUACAUUGGCUCCAUGGUAGCGGACGCGUACCGAACACUAUUGUACGGCGGCAUCUUCGCGUAUCCAGCAGACAAGAAGAGCCCUAAGGGCAAGCUGCGUAUUCUGUACGAGUGCGCGCCCAUGGCUAUGGUCUUUGAGAACGCUGGCGGCAAGGCUGUCAACAGUAAGAUGGAGCGCAUGCUUGAUGUUGUGCCCGAGCACAUCCACGACCGAUCGGGUAUCUUCAUGGGUUCGGAACAGGAGGUGCAGAAAGUUAUCGACGUCCACAGCAAGCACCAAAAAUAAGCGUAUCUUGAAGAUAUUGGUUAUUCCAGCGAGUUUGUUUGGCAAAAGCAUUGGGCCACUACAUAUUUAGUAUGUUGUGAAUGAACCUAUUAUGACAUGCAGAUGAACUCUUGAUCCAUUCUUACAUGCGUGUUGAGGAUCGACAGCACGGCGAAGGUGGUGUUGGUGGCUUUUCUGUACCCCGCCUGACCGUCGUUCAUGGCGUUCUUAGAACCAGCCAUAGAGAGGGCUGAUUGACAAUCAACAA